GAGAAGGAUGGAAGGUGUUCCAAAUCGCUUAUGUGUUUCCCGCGUUUUGCCGCCUACCUUAAUGUACGUAGACAGCAUGGGCGUUCCUUGAGAAUGAGCAGUCUUCGCAGCUGCGCCGCAAAACAAUAAUCGUUUAAGCGUAGAUAAUUGUCACGAAUAAGGUACUGCAAAGCUAUAAAGGUCUAGCUGGUUGGACCGGCGAAAGUCGUCCACGGUGUAUAAAUAAUAGUAGGAUACCUUUCCGUUUGGAUUCAGUAUAGGUUGAUCUAUCGUCUUGAUCGCAAAGGCAUCACCAUGGGGCACCAGCAACAGUGCCUAAUAGUAUUUCUAUGUCUCGGGGUUGCCCUCACAUCGUCAGCGACUCGUAAAGAAGAGCUUGAGAAAGCAGCGGAGCUUGCCGUGGUAAAAGCGGCCGAAAGGGCGGCUGAGAGAGCGGUGGAGAAGGCCCUCAACAGCGGAAACAUCACCACGGAAUCCAAGAUUGUCCGCGAAUCUUAUUCACACGUUAGAAAGGAUCCGCAAAAGGAAAGAAAGGAGAAUGACGAUUACGGCAGCAGAUACACACCAGUGAAAGAUGAAGCGGAGCAAGAGGAAGAGAUUGACGACUGGAGCACAUAUUCUCGAGGCUCGAGAUCUCAUUCUCGAGAUUUAAGAGGUAGAAGUUACCGCGCGUGGUCGAGCAAGUUUGACUUCCAAGACACAUCGGACAUUUGGAAGAGAUUCCCGAGGAGCGAGUGGUCGUACGAGGACACCAGCUGGGACAAGCCAAGCGAGAAGGUCGUGACUUUAGAGAAGAGGGUGCCGGUACCCGUGACGGUCGAGAAGAAGGUCCCGUUUCCGAUUUACAAGCAUGUACCUUACGAAAUUAAGAUACCCGUGCCGCAGCCGUACACGGUGGAGAAGAGGAUUCCGUACCCGGUGAAGGUCUACGUGAACGUGCCGGUCGAAAUACCGGAACCUUACCACGUGGAGAAGCAGGUUCCUUACGCAGUCAAGGUCGACAACCCCGUGCCGUACAGGGUCGAGGUGCCAGUGCCGCAGCCGUACACGAUCGAAAAGAGAGUCCCAAUCGAGGUAAAGGUACCGGUACCGCAGCCGUACACCGUCGACAAGCCGGAACCCUACGAGGUCAAGGUACCGGUCAAGGUACCGACCCCGUACGAAGUCGAGAAGAAAGUAGCGGUACCGGUGAAGGUAACAGUCGACCGGCCGUAUCCGGUACCGAUGCCCAAACCUUACCCGGUGGAGGUCAGCAAACCGUAUCCGGUAGAAGUGCCUAAGCCGUACCCUGUCAAGAUCAAAGUACCCGUGGACAAGCCGUAUCCGGUACCGGUAGAGAGGCCGGUUCCGGUGCCUAUUAAAGUGCCGGAUCCUCGGCCGUACACCGUGGAGAAGCACGUGCCGGUAGAAGUGGUGAAACCGUAUUCUGUUCCGGUUAAAGUGUCGGUGGACAAGCCGUACGAGGUAUACGAGGCGAAGCCGAUUCUCGUCCCGGUGAAGAAGCCGUUCCCUUUCGUCGUACAGGUCCCGGUACCCGUCAGACUCGGUUGGAAGGAUCAACGCAACGUGAAGGAUAGGGAGGACCUGGCGGAGAGCGAAAGCGUCGAGACUAAGUGGCGACGGCCGCGAUGGUUCAAUCACGAGUCAUUCAAGCGAUAAAGCUGUACAGGCGUUUUCGAAACGUUGUAAAUUAUUGGUAUGGCAACGUGGUGGCACCGACUACAUUUUUUUUACACCUUUAAUCGACCGUCGUUCAAGAUGUUUUAUAGUUUGUUGCUUGGGGAGUAAUUUUAUGUAUCAUAUCAUUUCCAUCGACGAAAUACAUAAUCGAAUGGUAUUUAUUGCAUCUCCGUCGAGAAAAAAGGGAAAGGUCGUUACGCAACAUUGCACUGAUAUGUAGAAAAGUUUUUUAGCUGUAUGUAUAUAUAUAUAUAUUGCAUAUAUAUAUGCAAUCUUUAUGAAAGAAUUAUCGUAUAUUGUUCAACCGUAGGCUAAUUAGGACGGCUCGUUCAUGUAAAGCGAAGCAAUUCAAAGUGAUAUGCGAAUUUUAGAUAGUUGACGGUCUCUAAUUGCUCGGAUGAUCGUAUCGCUAACUUUUAAGCUCAUAAGUUGAGUCCAAGUAACUGUGUGUCUCAAUUACAUAAUGGCAAGCUCUCUAUUAGACUUACACAUCGCGAUACGCGUAGUAAGUGGGUACGUACGUUCAGUUUCAUUGAUUUAUGCGUGUCCCUCUCAGCCGUCUUCUCUUAUAUCUGCGUGAAAAUAAAGCAGAGAAACGAAACCGAACUCGAGACCGAACUCGUGUUCCCAGUUAAACCCGUCACUUCCCUGUCGAGCGGAGGCGCAGAUGGAAGGCGGUCGU